CCCUGUCAUAAUUAUAUUAUUCGCCAUUAAGAUUACUCUACUUUUCGUGAUAUUUCUUUGAGUAAAAGUAUAAAAGUUAAGACGUAAUUCGAUUGUGGAAAAUAUUCCCUUAAAAUGCUUUAAAAAAUUUGUCUUGUACUUCUUAAACAUGUGGAAACUUUGGAUUGCAAUUCUAGUGGCGGUCCGUAUAAGUGGAGCCAUUAGACCGGGUACUACUAAAGAUAGUCAGGAAAGAUGCAGUUCCGGGUUAUGUCAAAAAAUCGACGAGGUAUUUUCACAAUCCGACCUGAAGCAUGAUUAUAAUUACGUAACCACCAUACCCGAAGGUGCCAUGAAUAUUACCAUUAAACACUUGAGUAGAAGUCAUAAUUUAAUAGUUUUAAAAUCUCCGGACGGAAACUAUAUAAUAAAUGGGAAUAAAAAACCCUCAGAGAGCGGUAUUUUUGAAUACAAUAACGACGUAUACGAUUACAAUAGAGAAAAAGAAACGGUAAAAGCCAAAGGUCCUCUACACAAGGCACUUGUGUUAAUGAUUUUAGCUUUUAGUUCAAAUCCCGGCUUGCGCUAUACCUACUUUAUACCGGUACCUACAGCUUCAGUUAAAGAAGAGGAAGAAUUACAAAGUCAAUGGAAUGAAUUGGGAAAACCCUUAGAUGUUGCCGACGAAAUUUAUUUGGAGCAGCGCAAAAAACGACGUCAGUUUUCUUGGAAGCUAUUGGGGUUCGGGCCAUGCAAUCGGUCUUGUGGACCGGGCUUACAGAGUCCGAUUUUUAGAUGUGUGCGUGAUUCACCAAAUCGCUACUACUCACCGAAACGUUGUGGUCAUUUGGAGAAGCCUAUAUUUAACAUCGACAUUUAUCAAUGCAAUGGUGGUUUGUGUCCGCCAUAUUGGCGAGCAGAAGGCUACGGAGAUUGUCAAUGCUUGGAAGGCACAGUGAAGGGCUUUAGGAAACGGCAAAUCGCCUGCUUACAAGAGCAGGCCAAUGGCCAGUUGGAGCUGGUUGAUGAAAACAAAUGUUCGCAUGACAAACUAGCUGAGGUAGAAGAAACUUGCAAUUGUCCUCAUUUGGCAAAAAAGAAAAUACAUACAAGAAGUUCAAAUAGCACUCAAAAAAAUCAUUCAGUUUCAAAGUUAAAGCCACAAUCUUUGAAAGCUGCAAUACUCAUACGUUCUUCCAACGUUUCAACUAUAACAUCCGAAGAACAACGUUUUUAUCGCGGUGGUCAGUCGGAUAAAAUGGGUGUUUGGUUAAAGUCUGAAUGGAAUCAACAAUGUUCUGAAGAUUGUAGUAUAAGUUUUGAGCAUCGUACGAUCUAUUGUGAUCGUACUGCGCCUUAUACCGAUCUAUGUGAUAUACGUUUUGCUCCCACGCAGAAGCGUACUUGUACUUCACGUUCUCCUACACUAUGCGCGAAAGGAGUCUGGUACGUGUCUGAAUGGAGUAAUUGCACGGGUGAAUGUUUCCAUUUGCAACGUAAACGAGUCGCGUUAUGUUUACUAGAAGGAUUAGCCGUGGAGGAAGACAAUUGUAAUAGCAGUUGGAAGCCAGAAACUGUUAGAAAUUGCACCGAAAAAGAUGUUCAAUUUUGUGGACCAAAAUGGCAUUAUUCCGAAUGGUCCAAGUGUUCCCGUACUUGUGGUGAUGGUGUUCAACGUCGCUACGCCAAGUGUUUGAUCCACGAUAACCAACAAAAUGUUAUGACCGAAUCAAACCAAUGUAAAAAUGCGCAACGUGAACCUGUAUAUGGUGUAUGCAAUCUUGGCGAUUGUAAAGAAGUAAAUGUGCCACCUAAUGCUGAGGACAAAGACCCGUUCAUGCUAAGCGACAAAGCAAUGCCAACGAAAGUAGUGGGUGUGAAAAGAGGUGUUAAGCUUAGCAUAAAUAGUAAAGAAAAGUUAGUGAUAGCCGCAGCACCAAAAGCGCUCCGAAAUUGCAACGACGAAUUAAAUAACUGUAAACGCAUUAAUCGUGAUCGUUUAUGCAAAUUAGAUUAUUAUAAAACGCAUUGUUGUUUAACUUGUCAUGGCUACCAUUAGAAAAAAUAAUUCGCUUAUUAAUUAAUAAAAUAUUCGUUAUCACAAUUUUUGUUCGCAUAAAUGUUAUGCCAAAUUUUAAUUUUCUGACACUACUUGAUUUAUACUGUAGAUAUGUAGACAUCCGUAAUAAACUUAUUUAAAAUCCAUGAAAACACAUAC